GGAGCAGGACACAUGACCAGUCAGGUGGUGAGACCAGUGACAGAGGAGAAAGUGUUGGUUGGCGAGAGCUGAGCUGAGGUAAUCUUGAGAGGAGAGCUAUGCCAUUGCCUUCAAGUGUGUGCUGAGGUGGCAUGGGGGUGACGGAGGAGAUGGAGGCAGACCUUCCUACCACAAGGGUGGUCAGAGAGAUGGCUUUACCCCCAUGCAAGGCAAGUCUGGGGGUGCAGAUGUAAUAAGAGUGACCGCAGCAGCUUCCAUAGCGGCAGUGGGUGGAGUUUUAUCUGGAGCCCUGGCAGUUGGUAAUGCCUCAGAGUGGACCAGGCCUCCCCAAUUAAGGCAAGAGGUGGGCAGGAGUAACAAAGGAAUAGUCCGUGGGAGCAGAUUGUCCGGAAAGAUACCCAGUAUCCCACACUGACAGCUACAGACAGCAUGGAGACCUAACACAGACACCUGGAGAGUCACAGAGAAGGUAGGAUUAAGUCAGGCAGACAUGGAUAUAGAUCAAUACAGACAUAUGAUUAACCAAUUUGAUUUUGACCAAUGUAAAAGAGGUAAUCAGGGCUUUGACAGAAUUCUCGUCCAGCUCUUUGGUCUAUUAGGGAAUGGCAAGUCCUCAUUCAUCAACACCUGUAAGUAUGUCUGGGAUGAUGGAGAAUACAAGAACUUGGCCAAGGCGAGGGGAACACUUGGAGGAGCAACAACUGUGAGAAUGCCAUAUAAGCUGACGGAAAACAUCACUCUAGUGGAUAAUCGCGGAUAUAAAUCGCUGGACCCCUACGAGACAGGAGAAAUCUUUGCUCAGCUUGGAAAUCUGCUUCCUCUGGGUGACACUGUUACAUGGAGCCGAGGAUUUGACCUUUCUCAAAGAAUUGUGAAGGCGGAAAAAGAAAUCAAAACUUCAGAUUUUAUUGUCCCAGUGUUUGUGCACAGUGUAAGGAGAUCAAUUGCUCCUCAGGAAAGAGACGAGUUACAAUGUGUGAUAAGAACUGCCAUGGAGCUGACAGGUGUAUAUCCCAUUGUUGUUCUCACCCACAAGACAAGCGGGAAUCUGACUGGCACAGAAAUGACAUUCAGGAACAUGGGCGUUGAUAGGAUCUUUGCGUUCGAAAAUUACACUGAAAACGAUACACGGAAAUUAAGAGGAAGGCACGAGGAAGUCCUAAAGUUCUUAUGUGAAGUUAUUAAAGAUGUUCAAUUUCGUGCCGCACAGCCGCGGGAUCCAGUGAGAGAGAUGAAGGACAGGAAAAAAUUUGUACUGAAUUUUGUCCAAGCAAGGGAAGCAGAGAUCCAGAGACUGAAUAUAGAGGAGCAGAAAAAACGGGAGCGAGAAGAACGGGAACGUAAACUGACAGCAGAACAAGAGGCGUUAGAGAAGAGAGCGAGGAAGGAAGAGAAAAUGCACAAAGAAGAAAUACGAAAGCAAAGGGAAGAGAAUCGAAGAAUGAAAGAGAUUCAGGAUGCUGAAUUCCGGAGAGAAGAAGAAGAUGCUCAAACACAUCACAAAAAGCGAAAGAAAAGAUGUGUACUACAAUAGAGACAGUGAUUACCGCGAAGAUUUGGGCCAAUCAGAAGUUCUGGAAGAAAUCUCCUACAGUAAUUAAAGACUUCACAAAGCAUCUAUAACGACCCCAUGAAAUGUGUAAUUACAUUCUAGUGGUACCAGAGCUAUGCGCGUAUCUAUAGUGGGUGUAGGGGGUGUGGUGUACGCAGAACAUUGGCGUGCAAUGUCCAGGGGGGCCCACCCUACACACAUUGCACCCAUAUUUUAAUGCUUACCUUUCCAGCGUCGGGCGCUGCAGACGCGGAAAAAAAUCACAGCCACAAUGGCCGCUGGGCAUGCCCAUUACUGAAAUUAGUCUCCGGAACACGGCGAGUGCCAUGUUUCCAUAGACCUGCACAUGCACAGUAGACUCCAACACAAGCACGGAGGCCACUGCAUGGGGAGAGGAGGUGGGCCACCCGCGGUCUGCACAGGGGCCCCCUCCUCUGUUAAAUCGCCCCUGACACAGGCCCCUGGGAUCAGGGGUCCCUCACCACACACACUGCACCCAAUAGAAAUACUUACCUCUCCGUCUGUGCUGCAAGCGUCACCGGGAAAAUGCUGCCAGCACUAUAUCUGCAAAGCUCUGCAAUGCUACUACAUACCAGAGUGUGCUGCAGAGAAAGCCGGUGAGAGAGGUGUGAGCCCAAAUAGCGGCUGCACAUAGGUGGUCAUU